CUCUCUCUCUCUCUCUCUCUCUUUCACCUUAGUAGUAUAUUAUAAAGAGAAGUUGGAGUUGAAGAACUAUAGCUUCUCUCUUUCUCUCUCUCUCUCUCUCUCUCUCUCUCUCUCUCUCAUACAGAUAGAGAGAGAACCUGGGAAGCAAUAUAUUAGAAAGAAGAGAAGGUGAAGUAGAAGAAGGAAAGAGAAAGGGUAAGUAGAUAGAAAGCAGGAUGGAAGAAGGGUACUAUUGCAUGUAUGUGAUAGUGGGAGUAGUAAUGUGGAUGUUGGUAUUGAAAGGGAUGGUUAUUCUGUGGUGGAGGCCUCGCAAAAUAGAAGAGCAUUUCUCAAAGCAAGGAAUAAGAGGCCCACCAUAUCGUUUCUUCAUAGGGAAUGUAAAGGAGAUAGUGGGGUUGAUGGUCAAUGCCUCUACUCAUCCCAUGCCUCUCUCUCACAACAUUCUCCCUAGAGUCCUCUCUUUCUACCACCACUGGAAGAAAAUCUAUGGUGCGACCUUUCUCGUGUGGUUCGGACCCACGGCUCGUCUGAUGGUGGCAGACCCGGACCUCAUCCGAGAGAUCUUUGUGUCCAAAUCCGAGUUUUAUGAGAAAUACGAGUCUCACCCACUUGUUCGACGGCUCGAAGGUGAUGGCCUUUUGAGCCUCAAAGGAGAGAAGUGGGCCCACCGAAGAAAGAUCAUCACACCAACUUUCCACAUGGAAAAUCUCAAACUACUUAUUCCGGUGAUCGGCAAGAGUGUGCUCGACAUGGUACAAAAAUGGUCAGACAUUUCGGAAAAUGGUGAGGUAGAGAUCGACGUUUCGGAUGCAUUUCAAAACUUGACUGAAGACGUAAUUACCCGAACUACCUUCGGCAGCAGCUACAACGAUGGGAAGGCUGUUUCUCAAUUGCAAGCACAACAGAUGGUUUUCGCCGCUGAAGCUUUUCGGAAGGUUUUCAUUCCAGGAUACAGGUUCCUACCAACGAAGAAAAAUACAAGUUCAUGGAGAUUGGAUAAAGAAAUUAGGAAAUCCUUGGUGAAAUUAAUCCGGCAACGGAAUCAGAAUUCCAAAGAAAAGGCCGGUGGGCCCGCUAAGGACUUACUGGGCCUUAUGAUCAAUGCGGGUGCGAUGAAGCCCAAUGAUCGAAGAUCAGAUGGGCCCACGGCCCCAUCGACGAUCACCGUCCAAGAUAUUAUCGAGGAAUGCAAGGCCUUCUUCUUCGCCGGGAAGCAGACGACGUCAAACUUGCUGACGUGGACGACAGUACUGUUGGCCAUGCACCCACGGUGGCAGGAGCUGGCACGUGAGGAGGUGUUGCAGGUGUGCGGAUCACGUGAUAUCCCCACCAGAGACGACAUUGCUAAGCUUAAAACGCUGGGGAUGAUCUUGAAUGAAUCAUUGCGUUUGUACCCACCUGCGAUCGCGACUAUAAGGCGGGCCAAAGCUGACGUGGAGCUCGGAAGCUACAAGAUUCCACGUGGGACCGAGCUCCUGAUACCAAUCCUAGCCGUCCAUCACGACCCUAUCCUCUGGGGCCGAGACGCAGCCGAAUUCAACCCGGCCCGGUUCUCGGAAGGCGUGGCACGUGCGGCCCGCCACCCAAUGUCGUUCAUACCAUUCGGGCUCGGGGCCCGAACUUGUAUCGGGCAGAACCUAGCCAUCAUAGAAGCGAAGCUGGCUCUAGCCAUUGUAUUGAAACACUUCUCACUCCGACUCGCCCCGAGUUAUCGGCACGCACCAACGGUUCUGAUGCUCCUCUACCCGCAGUACGGUGCGCCUGUUGUAUUUAGGCGCCUGUCGGAUCCGGAUACCCGAUGUGGAGACCAAGGCUCCUGAUAUCCGAAUAUGACCUGGCCCACCACUGUCUCAGCGCGCUUUUGGCUUCAUUAUCUGAAUGACCAAAAUACCCCCCCUAUGGACCUUCCAUGUAGACCUUGUGUUUUCCCAAAAUGACUAAAAUGCCCCUUGCUUGUUCUCUUGCCUCGGUCGGGUCCACUAACCUGCGCAGCCUGUUUCCUCGUUGACGUGUCUAGUUGCCGAAGUGUCCAAAGUAGUCACGGAUAGUGCUUGGCGCAUUUUCUUGUAAUGACCAAAUAACCCCUCUCUCUCUCUCUCUCCCUCUCUCCAUCGUUGUGUAUGUAUGUAUACGUUAACCACCUUUGUAUACAAUUUUUGUAAACCCUACACAUUCAUGAAAUGGUAUGUUAACUGUCCACAUCUCUCUC